AUGUCAUCCGCCCACUCCGACUCUCCAUUGCUCCCGCUGGAUAUCAGAUUACGUACCCUCGAAGCUCAACUAUUCGGUGUCCCUCCUUCGAUAGUAGACCAACCGUCCUUCAUUCAAGGAAAAGCGAAGGGGGAAUCUUCGAAAUCUGCUAUUAGGCAAAUCCAAGAGGCCGAAGAGAUAUUCGAGAGGCUAUCUAGUGAGAGUGAGGGUAUAAAGAGGUUAUUGGAUGGGUAUGAUCAAUAUCUUCCAUUACUCAACCCACCUUCUACAACUAUAACUACCUUGACAAAUGACCAAGAGCAAGAUUCAACUGAAUCGAACAAAAAGGAGAGGAUCACUGAGUCGGAUUUGUUACCUGAUGCAAUCAAAUUGACUAUGGUAUUGGAAGCAUAUAGCGAUAUCAAAGGUGCAGAAAGGGAUUUGAGGGAGAUUGAUUCGUUGAAGAACAAAGAUGUUCAAGGAAGUGGGAAUUUAGAGGAACUACUUCCACUAAAACCCAAUCUCAUAUCCUCGCUUAAACAAACUCAAAACACUUCGAGGGAAUUAUCAAAAUUGAAAAAGGAACUGAGUACCUUAUUAGGUAGAUAUAGUGAAUUUACAUCGACCACAUCCGACCUGUUCAUCGAUCUACAUCAUCAAUUACAAUACCUCGAGGAUAGGGUAUACAAAUUAGAGAGAAAGAAGAUAAAAGAGAUUCAGGAGAGGUAUUGA